AUGACGACAUCGACGUGUAGAGCCCUCCUUCGAAUAAUUAAGAAGGAAUCUCACGUAUUGCCCAUUUAUGUUAUAAGGAGGAGAUCUGUCUCGCAUGACACAUUGGCAGGUAUCCCCUGGAUGAGUCACAGCAGAAUUACGAAAACGAUUGAGCGUGUGUCCAAUGAAGGUCCCUACGACCGAAUAACUUGGGAGAGGCUAAGCGAAAGAGCAAACAAGAUAAGUAACACCUUUGACACAAAGGAAAUGGGAAGAAUACUCCACGCCUACUCCAAAGUGAAUUACCGUGAUGUAAAAAUAAUUUUAAAAUUCAGCGAAAAAAUAAAAAAAGGAGAUAUACACAAAAUGGACAUGCUAGCCUGUGCCCACAUUUGCCAUUCCUUAAAUGCGUUAAAUUAUUUUGACAGAAAAUUAUUUGAGUUAAUAUUAUCCCAAUUUAUGAAGUUGCCUGUUGGAAACAAUACGAAUUCCUUCCCACUUAUUGUAACUUUAAAUGCCUUUUCCAAACAUUGCAAUGAUUACUCAUUUCGUGAAAUGACACUGAAGCUUCUCAUUUUUGUUCUGAACAUUUUUUCUAAGUGUAAGAAGUCUUUCACUCCACAGGGACUGGCUAUGCUUCUUAACUGCUUCUCGCAAGUGACCAAACCAACUCCCCAUUUUUUGCAAGUUGCUAAUGUUAAGCUGGACAGGAUUAACAUAGAGGGAGAUUUAAAAGGGGACCAGAUGGAUUACACGUGUGGUGACCACCGAGGAGAUGUAGUUACGCUAGUGCAUCGGAGCGCAGGGGAGGAGCAUGGAUUAACCAACAAUGGUGCUUCCACUCGUGAGGGGAAAAACGCAGGAACAGCAGGAACAAGUCCAUCCUUAACCUCAGUAACGCACUUAAGGAGUUACCCCAACGAGCGGGACGAAAACGACAUCGAGGGAGAUAUGCACAACUGUGCGUACCACCAGAGUGUGCUGGGCGAAAUGGACGACGAGAUGCUCAUCCGGGAGGGGGGGGGUUUCCCCGGAUGGGAGCGAAAUCAUACCAGUACGAAAUGUGGCAAUGACGCAGGGGAAGUCACCCAAGGGAGGAAUAAUAACGUUGUAGGUAGUCCACCUAGCGGUGGAAAAUAUUUACAGGGCUCACCAAACCAAUUAGGAGGAACAACUCCUGAGAGAAGCAAACAGACGGAAGAGCUGAAGAACAUGUUCCUGGCAGUCCUCCUCGAGAUAACAAAAGAGGUCCACAAAAUGAACACCCAAUCGCUCUCCCUGAUCAUUAAUGCCUGUUGUAGAAUAUGGUUUGAUGUCCCUAAGGAAUUUUUGAAAAUUAUUUUUGAGGAAACCAUUAAGAAGAUAAAGCUAGCUACGAUUAGACACUUGUCUCUUAUCAUCAAUGGGUUCAUCAAGUUAGGGGUCCCCGAGCCGGCCUACCUUUCUGCCGUUUUUUCCGAAAUUGAGAAGAAAGUGCACUCCUGCGAUGAGCAGCAGCUGAGUUUUAUCCUGAGUGGUAUGGUUAAGUUAGGGUGGGGGAGAGGUGCUCCUACCUACACGACAGGCGGUGCUUCUCCCUCUUUGGCAGGAGAUGUUGUUCCUAAUCUGGUUGGCCGUGCCGGGCAAACAUCGCCGAGCAAGCACCUGUUGGACAGCCUAAACGCAAAGUUCAUCCUCAUGGCCAGGCGAAUGAACAUAUCCACCCUGUGCAACAUCCUCUACUGCUACACCAAACUUGGCUUCGAUCACGAGGACGUCUACCAAAUGUUUCAAAUAUAUUUUACCAAGCAGGUUGAGCAAGCCACUCUUCACCACCUAGCUUUAGCAGGGUACAUCGUAUCGAAGAGGAAAAUUAAAAACGACACAACUUCUAUUAUUUUGAACAGAAGCGAAAGUCUUUUGGAAAAAAUGGAAACCCCACUUGAUGUGUCCACCACCAAAUGCUUGCUCAUUCUAGUCAAUAGCUUUAGCGAGCUGGGCAUUUACUCACGUGUGUUUCAUUUCCAUCUGCGUUUCGUUUUUCGUGCAAUGGGGGGAGAGGCGCAGCAAGGUUACAGUUCUGGCGGUGGGGAUAGUGUUCACUGUGGUGAUGAAGCGAAGGGGCCACUUCCAAAAUGGAGGGACCCCCCACUUAAUAUGAAGAAGCUCAUUAACAACAAAGGCGUUUACUUAUCGCGCAAGGCAAUCUCCCUGUAUGGUGUUUCUCAUCACGUGUUGGAGACGCGACUGGGUUGA